UUUUUUUUUAUUUUUUUUUGUUAUAUUUUAUUAUACCCUUUUAUUUUUUUUUAUUAUAUAUUAUACACACACACAUAAAAAAACAAACAAACAAAUAUAUACAUUGAAUCACAUUCACUUUUCAACAUGAUUACAACUCCAUUACCAUCGCGUCGUUCUGUGGAUCUUGUCAAUCGGUCGAAAGUCUCAAUUACCUAUAAAAGUACACUCGUCACAAAUUCACCUUGUAUUUCAAGACCUUCUUCCACUAUAGAAGGAAAACAAAAAACAAAAAAUAGCAACUUUCAAUAUGUAUUACAACUUUUGGAUUUUACCUAUAGAGGUUUCCUCACCAAUUCUCAAGCUGAACGUCCUGAUGAACCUUUAGGUGCUUUGGUCAAUCGAACUUUACAAUAUGAUACUUUAUUGGAUUUUAUUGAUAUAUCACAAGAACCUGCCAUUAUCGCUCAACCUACUUCAUCAUCGUCUGUUCAACAAACUUCAAUAUCAACAACUCCUUCAACUUAUAUUCCAUCAAAUGCAACUUCAACAACCACACUUACACCAUUAUCAUCAUCCAACCCAUUAGAUUCUUCAUUUAUCACUUAUAAUCAAAUGCAUACCUUUAUCAGUUCUCAAUUCAAUUUAGCUCAAUUCAAUCUUCAACAAGGCUCUCGUGUUGCUAUUUGUUUACCCCAAGGUCCUGCUCUUGGUCUUUGUAUGAUUGCUACAAUGGCUUACUGUGCUUGUGCUCCAUCCAAUGAUAGUUUGACUCCUGAAGAACUAUUACAUGAUUUCAAGAACAUGCGUGUCCAAGCUGUGAUUAUUUCAAAUACAAAACUUCAAGCAAAGGAUGAUCCUAUGGUGACAACUCUUCGACAAGGUGGAUUACAACUUAUUGGGUUGGAAACAGAACCUGAUAAUGAUAUUUUAUUUACUCUUCAUGGUGAUCCUCAAUUCCAUAUCAACAAUGACAACUCUACUCCAACAACAACCUGUGAUGAUGAUGAUGAUGAUGAUGAUAAUAUUUCAAGUGCCUCCUUACUCAAUCAAGCUGAUGAUAUAGUAUUGGUCCUUCAAACUUCUGGUACAAGUGGAACUAAAAAAGUCGUGCCUUAUUCCUUACGUACUAUAUGUGUUGCUACUACUUGUGUUUCUGCUUCUUAUGGUGCUCAACCUACUGAUGUUAAUAUCAAUAUGAUGCCUCUUUAUCAUGUUGGUGGUGUAGUACGUAGUCUUUUGACUCCUCUAUUUACUUCAGGUUCUGUUAUUUUGUGCAAUGGAUUCGAUGCUGCUCUAUUUUGGGAUAUUUUGGAAAAACAAUCUCGACAUGUAUGGUAUUUUGCUGUUCCAACUAUGCACCAAGCUAUUCUUCAAGAAGCAACCAUGAGGAGAUUCUCUCAACAACAUUCUCUAGGUGUCAGAAUGGUAUGUAAUGCUGGUGGUGAUCUUCUUCCAGCUUUGGCGAAUCGGAUAAAAGCUCAAUUUACCAAUGCAGUUGUACUACCUUCUUAUGGUAUGACAGAAUGCCUUCCUAUAUCGGCUCCCCCUCGUGAUUAUGAUCUGAGUCGCUCGGGUACCUCCGGUCUUUUAGUGGGUCCAAAUUUAAUGAUCGCCAAGGAUGGUUACCAGGUACAUCAAGAUGGUGUCACUGGUCAUAUCAUGGUGCAAGGUAUCCCUUGUUUUUCUGGUUAUGAAGGUGUUGACAAUUCAAGUACAUUCGAUGCUGAUGGUUGGUUUGACACUGGUGAUAUGGGCUAUUUAGAAAAUGGAUACUUGUAUAUUACUGGUCGAUCAAAAGAAAUCAUCAAUCGUGGUGGUGAAGUCAUAUCUCCUUUUGAAAUUGAACAAGUACUUAUGACACAUCCUAGAGUGGCUCAAGCAAUGGUUUUUUCUGUUCCUCAUGAUACUUUACAAGAAACAAUUGGUGCUGUUAUUGUUACUCGUGAAGGAAGUAAUAGACCAGAUUUACGAACAUUACGUUCAUUCAUGAAUCAGAAACUACAUCAAUCAAAAUUACCUCAAGUACUUGUUUACAUGGAUGAUGUACCAAAAAGCAACGUCAACAAGAUAUUACGAAUUCAAUUCAGCAAUCGACUCGACAUUCCAAUGUUUAUGGAUUCUGAAAAUAAUAUCAAUGUGUCUCAACGACUAUAUGAAGCUGUAUGUCCACCCAAAGGAACACCAUUGACUGAACCUAUUGUCAAAUCAAAUGUUACUUGGUCAACUGAUGAUGUGAUUACUACUAUUAUGAAGCAUCCUCAAGUAGAUGAUUGUGCAGCAUACAACAAUUCAAUCAGUGGUCAAACUCAUAUAUUUGUUGUUAAAAACGACAACAACAACAACAAUAAUGACAAUGUGGAAAUGGACUUUACUAGUAUGCUUCAACAAUGGUUAUCAUCACAAGUACACGAUUACAUGUUACCAAGACACAUUCAUCUUAUCGAUCAACUUGUAAGGAAUGACGACGGAACCAUUGAUGGCGAUUAUCUUCACAAUUUGGCCCAACAACAACAAGAAACAUCAGAUGAUCCAGUUGCAUUACUUCUUCGUGAUAUUUUUGCCUAUGUACUUGGUCUUUCUUCCGCACCAUCCAGCAUCAAGGAUGAUAGACAAUCUAUUCGAUCAACAUCAACAGUGACGACAGUAGCAAAUGCAACAUUUCCUGUUGAUGGUGACUUUUUUGAAUAUGGUGGCAAUUCUCUUAAAAGUGGAUUUUUGAUUUCACAGAUCCGUGCAAAAUUAGGUGUGGUACUUCCAGUCACUAUUCUUUAUGAAGGCAACAAUCGAACUCCUAUUGGACUAGCAGAAACUUGUGGUGAAAAGAUAGCCAAGGAUCAUCCACUACUGACCAUGGGGUACAAUGCAUACAAGGAACAGAACAGCGAUCAAGAAGGUCAAAUGGAAAACAAUGGAAAUCAACAACCUUUUGGUAGUCCUGAUUACAAGAAACGUAUGGCACAACGUGAACCAAGUGGCGCUCGUAACCCUUUCAAUCCAAUCAUCAUGCUUAUACAAGCUUCUGGUGUGUAUUUUAUGCAACCUAUACAAACUACCUCUCGAUGGUUCUUUUUUGCCUACAUGUUAUCCUGUAUCGCCACCACUUGGACAAAUCCUACUCAAAAUCAUGGUAUUCGACUGGUACAAUUACUUUUGGCACUUGGAAUUACUGCAGUGGCAUCUGCUAUUGUUUUCCCUUUAGUAGCUGUGAUCAUCAAAUGGAUCGUGAUUGGCAAAUAUCGUACUGGUUCUUAUCCAUUAUGGGGUCAAUACUACUUGCGGUGGUGGAUUGUGAACCGGGUGAUCGACUUGGCUGGUCUAGGUAUUUUUGGAGCUGAACCUUGGUUGCAUUGUCUUUAUCUUCGAAUGAUGGGGGCAAAAGUGGGCAAAAGUUGUCAUGUGAAUCCAAAAGCUGAUGUUCGUGAAUUUGAUUUGGUUACCAUUGGUGAUGGUUGUACUUUGGAUGAAAAAUGUAGUGCUCGACCUUUUACAUUAUCUACUGGACAUAUGAAUUUGAAUCCUCUGGUGAUUGGUGAUAAUUGUGUGGUUGGACUUCGAUCAUUUGUGAUUGCUGGAACGACUCUUGCCCCUGGUACUGUUAUGGGUCCAUCGACAGCCAAUUUCCCUCGUAAUUUGCAAGCUGGUGAUGGUGCAUUGGCUUCUAUUGAUACUCCUCAAGGUAUGGCUUUAGCUGAUGCUUGUGCUGCUCAUUAUCCACCUCCUCAUUUUCUUCUGAAAUUGUUGGUUGGAUGGCCUCUUGUUUUCAUCAUCAAUCUCAUUGCUAAUGCUCCUUGGAUCGGUAUUAUCUAUCUACUCACCAAUCAAUCAUACUUUGUUAGUGGUCAAGCUGCAUUGUCAAGUCGGUUUUCUCAAUUGAUUCUCUAUUUUGCUCAACCCAAGCGUGUUGGUUUACAUUUACUUGCCGUGGCUGUACGAAAAUCUGUGGUGCCUCUAUUUUAUCUGAUAUUAGUUAUUUUAUGCAAACGAACUGUGAUUGGGAAAUUCAAAGCUGGACCUCGACGUCGUGAUCAGUUAUCUCUCUUCCGUUAUUGGCUGAUGAAAACUCUUUUACCUCCUGGAGAAAAUUUACAAGGUGUUGCAAGUAUUAUUGGAACUCAUUAUGAGCCUAUUAGUAUCAUCUAUCGUCUUUUAGGUGCAAAAGUGGGCAAGCGUAUUUAUUGGCCUGGAAGUGGACUUCAUGUGGUGGAAUAUGAUCUGUUGACGAUAGGUGAUGAUGUUGUAUUUGGAUCCCGCUCUUUUAUACAAUGUUCAGAUACUACAGAAUCUAUUGGUAUUUCUAUUGGUGAUGGUGCUAUGAUCGCUGACAACUGUGUACUUUUACCUGGAUCACAAGUGGGUCGUCGUGCAGUUCUUGGUUCUGGUGGAUUACUCAAAAAGAAUUUCAGAAUUGAAGAUGGAUCUACUUGGUUUGGUUCAUUCAAUGGAAAUGCCGUCAAAUUCAAGGAUGGUACCGAUACUGUCAACAUCAAAACAAAAUCUGACAAGAACGAAAAAUUCGAUGACAACAAGACGAUCAACAAUGAUGAACAACAAUCUUCAACUAUCACACCUUUUGGACGUGCUUUUUAUCAACGCAAAGCAAAUUAUUUUGUGGUGCCUUUAUUUUUAGUUGUACCGUUCAAUAUUUUUGUAAAAAUGGCAGCUUCCGUUCUCUGGGCGGCACCCAUCACAGCAGCUAUUCAAGUGGCAGCUUACUAUCAACGUGGACAAAUCCAAUUGUUAUCUUUGGCACCUGUACACCAUGUCAAUAAUAAUACACAGAUCUUUAGUUCUAGAGAAGGAUGGGCCUUUUUGAUUAUUUUUGGUGUAGCAGCUGGCAUCAUGACGACAUUGACAUUCUUAUGCUUGGCUUUGGAUAUUGGAUGGAAGUGGACACUCUUUGGUAGACGCAAACAAGGACAAUACAACUGGGAUGAAUCAUCCUACUGUCAACGAUGGCAAUUCCUUAUUACGGUUCAGCAAGCAUUACGACAAAACGCUUUGAAUCUCAUUGGAGGAUCUGGAUGGAUCAUGCUUUAUUUCCGUGGCAUGGGCUGUAGGAUUGGCAAACGUGUGUGUCUUUAUCCUUCUGGUGGUGAUCCAAUGAUGACUGAACCUGAUCUUGUUACUUUAGAAGAUGAUGUGGCAGUUGAUAAGGCCUCUUUGGUCUGUCACAUGAAUACACUUGGUCAAUUCAGCAUCAAUCCUUUACAUGUUGGUGCAGGCUCAGUACUUCGUUCUGGAUCAAGAUUGGCGACUGGUGCUACGAUGAUGGAGGAUUGUACUAUAUUGGAAAACUCUUUGAUUAUCUCAGGUGAAGUGGCCGAUCGUGGUUCUAUUUGGCAAGGUUAUCCUGCUGUGGAUAUUACUCAACUUUCGGAUGAUGUUGAUGAAAAAAUGAAGUUUUAGUUAGAUUGUUUGUAGAAUUACAGUUUUUUUUUUUUUUUAUUUCUAAUCUUUGUUGUCAUAUUUAUUACAUUAUCUACUUUUUAC